CUGCAUCGUCCAUACGGAUGGACUCGCAUCAAGUAACUUUUGCCAGUUAAUCUUUGCUUCGUAAACAACGAGGGCUACUUAACUCAUCCUCAGGCAAGCAAUUUUUUGCACGUGCAUAAAGAUGUAAAUACAUACGUAUUCGCACAGUGAUAAAGUUUUCUGCACAAUAUUUGUCAAGGUUACGUUAUUAAAUACAUUUACAUAUGUAAUAACGUGCAAAAUAUGUAUUGCGUUAUAUUGCACGAAUGUGCAUAUUUGAAUAUGUAGGGAUAACGUUUUCUGCGUAAUAUUAAUAUCUGGCACAUGUAAAUAUGUAAUUCCAAAUGUCGAAAACUUGCUGUUGUGGAUGUUGCCCGGUUGGAAGGGGAACACUUCUCAUCGGUAUUGUGAACACGAUUUUGUACUCGGCCUGCCUCAUUGAAAAUUGUAUGCGGUUAAACAGACUGAUAAAUCAUGCCGACAAACUCGAGGAUCAAAUAAUUCUGGAGAAUCUAACUGCCUACAUCACGUAUGGUUUCGUAUUUGUAUCCAUGCAGCUCUUAUACGUGGUCCUGAGCUGUCUUUUGGUGCACGGAUAUCGAUCACGUAAUCUCCGCUUCGUGACGCCCUGCUCUGGACAUACGGGUUUCUUUCCGUCUUCGUGGUCAUCGCUGUGGUCCAAGCCGUGGUCGUGAUGACCAAUGCAAAUAUCGUCGUGGGGCCUUGGGUACUCCCCAUGUGCUUAGUUAUCUCCGUGUUGAACAUGUAUUUUCUCCUGGUGGUGAAGAGAUUCGUUGACGAGUUGAAAACGGAGGAGGAGAGUAAACCUGGAGAACAAGAAAAUAUUUAAGGGGAAGUUCAUAGAUUAUGUAACGGCUGAGGUAAGCAGUGUGAGGGUAAAAGUUCUGCGACUUGGGGGACAUGGUAAAACGGGGUGUAGCACGUUAGAGAGGGUGGCGGGGGUGAGGGUUUAAAAAAUCUGCCAUUUUGAGUGACAUAAUUUAUGGAUGCUCCCUUGAAGUUCGUAUCCAAGUUUUAUACUGUUUACAAUCGUGCCACAAUUCACCAAUAUUUCAUUUUUCUUACAUACUUUUUUAAUUAAUAAAUUAAUGCAGACCAAAUAUUUACUGUUCUUUAAAAAAUAGGGACGAAAGUCCUUAAAUUGUUCGAAAUAAUGUAACUAUUUUUGUGUCAUAUAAAUAAACUCUGGACAAGGUCUCA